AUGGUGACUGAUGUGCAGCUGGCCAUCUUCGCCAACAUGCUGGGGGUCUCUCUCUUCCUGCUGGUGGUGCUCUAUCACUAUGUGUCCGUGAACAACCCCAAGAGACUGGAGUGAGAGGAGCGCGCGCACAGCUUCCCAUGAGCCUCUGCGCGGGAGUCACCGCGGAUCUGCUCUCUCUCUCUCAGACGCCGGACACCUGCUCCCUCCGGAGGAUCCGCCGCCUCCACGUGUGUGUGUUUGCAUUGAAAUGAUGAAUAAAACUGUCACGUGUGA